GUUAUCUGUUACAAAAUUUUGUUAGUAUACAAAUGGCUGCCCCCAUGGCAAAAAUCAGUAAAAUUUGUCUAGACUUGUUUGACCUGCUAACGCGGGAACGUUUUGCAAUUUAACCUUUUAUAGUAGACCAUUUCUCAAGUGGUGAAAAUAUGCCAAAGCGGAGAAAGAAAUUCUUACAAGAGCAGAAGCCUGCCCUAUUAUUCACAGAGAGCCCAGUUCACAUUGAGAAUAACAUUCCGAGUCCAGUGCUCUGUGCUCGGCAUCCUCCCACAGCAAAAAGCAUUCAAGUAGAUGAUCUCCAGUCUUUAACUUGGGUAUCACCACAAUUCAAAUAUACAGUUGACGAUGGAUGUGGACGUGCUCAAAGACGGACAAGACUGCAUCGAAGACAUAGUGUUGCAGCUCAUAGGUGUUUAUCCAACACUGAAAGCACCGGCCAUAACCACACAGUGGUUAACAAACUUAGAAAAUACACAUCAUUAAAGUUUGUUGGUGAGAAAAAAACAGUUCAAAGUCUGAUUGAGGAUGUUGAUAUUUCAUUUGACACAGCAUCAGAUAAUGAUGAUAGGGACUCAAAGCAACAUCGCAUUGAUGAAAAUGUUAGUCCAAAUAAACAUGAUGUGCAAAAAAGUCCAAGCCUGAAAAGGGAUGGAGAAUCAAGUAGAAACAAAAUUUUACAUGUUCUAGAAAGAAACAGAUCCUAUUCGGAUAAUGCUGUCGGUGUUCAUGAAGCUCAAAAGGGAUCAGAGACAUUUGAUCCAAAGCCACCAAUUAAACGUUUAUUUAUUGAACAGUUACAAAAUACAUCAUCUCCUUUACAAGUCCAUAGUCAGUCCCCUGUACGUUUUCAAAAACAUAGACUCGCAGAAUUAGAUCAGGUAGUGUCAGAAACAAGUGAAGAAGAUAGUCCUCGAUUGCGUAGAUCUCGUAGGCUUCAGCUGCUUGAGUCUCAGAAUAGCCAUCAACAGUUCACGGGGAUCUUAGCACCAGAUACACCCGAGGCUGAAUAUGACUGGUCAAUACGAAAAAGACAGUUAAAGAAACACCUGCGAUUGAAAGCUGUGGACAUUUACCACGAUUAGUUUACAUGGAAUUAAUAUUUUAGCAUUUCGGGCCUUGUUUUUAAUGGUUUGUUAAUUAUGUAAGAUUGUUGGAGCAUGUUAGCAAAAGUAUGAGAUAUUGUUUCAUCAUUUCAAGGGAAUGGUUUUAUAGAUUUAUACAAUGACAUGAACAUCAGUAUUUAAUUUAAAUUGGUUUGUAAUAAAUAAUUCAGUACCAAGUAAUAGUCAUGGUUGACUGCACUCGAUGUGGCUCUUUCAACUACAUAACUUUGUAUCACUGUGUUAAAAGUAUGUACCUUUGCUGAAAAUUAACGUCUACAUAUUUUGAUGAAUUUAAUGUCGCCAAGGAUUUGAUAUUUCAAAUGUUUGUAAAGUGCAAUAUACCUAAAUGGUUAAUGUUAAAAUAAAAGAAC